GGGUUUUGAAGCGGAGGGGGGUCUUUGGACCAACGGUCAAGGCGGCUCGUGAUGUUGACGGCCCCAGCUCGGAGCUCCGUGCUGGCGCUCGCCCUCUGUGUGCUGCUCGCUUCGGCUUCCACCACCGAGCUGUACUACGUGACCUGCGGCUCCGUGGUCAAGCUGCUCAACAGCCGGCACAAUGUCCGCCUGCACUCGCACGACGUGAAGUACGGGUCGGGAAGUGGGCAGCAAUCUGUCACUGGGGUGGAUGCUUCUGAUGACAGCAACAGCUACUGGACAGUGAGAGCAAAACCUGGCCAGAUUUGUCAGCGAGGAAUGCCCAUAAAAUGUGGCCAGUCAAUACGGCUGACACAUGCCAAUACUGGAAGAAAUCUGCACAGUCACCAUUUUGUGUCACCACUUUCUGGAAACCAGGAAGUAAGUGCUUUUGGUGAGAAUGGAGAAGGAGAUGACUUGGAUGUUUGGGUCGUGCAAUGCAGCGGAACAAAUUGGGAGCGAGAUGAUGAAGUACGCUUCAAGCAUGCAGGCACCCAGGUCUUUCUAACGAUAACAGGAGAGCAGUAUGGCCAUCCAAUCCGAGGUCAGCUUGAAGUUCAUGGCACAUUCAGCCCCAGUGCCAACAACUACUGGACAGUAAUGGAAGGUGUCUUUAUCAAACCUAGUGCCGAGCCAUUAAAACACGAUGAACUAUAGCUUUAGUCAAAUAAAAUGGUUUGGGGGGGGGGGGGGGGAAUUAAGGAGGCCAGUAAGAAAUAUUGUUUGACAAGUUACUUCAUCUCAUCUUGAGUCAUAGUUUAUAAAGGAAAAACAAAAUUGUACUGUAUCUAUUUUCUAUAUUUUAAAUUUCUAAAGAAAUGGGAAUGUAUUUAAAACAAAGUUUGUGCGCAGAUGUGAAGAUGCAUGUGCUCAAUUUAAUUUUGUUGCUUUAAUUUCUGCAGUUGAGAAGAUCAAACUUGGGAACUUGGAUAUUGGAAAUAUAGUUAAAGUCAAGUGCAUAUGAAUGGUUUAGUUAUUCCAAGUGUUGCAAAUUCAGUUUUCUUUUUAUCUGUUAUUCCCCUAUCCCUUCAUUUCUCUUUUAUAUAAAUAUUGUGUGCUGCUGCUCUCCAUGUUUCUCUUGAGCAGAGAGUUAGUUCAUUUGCAGAAGACCAGCCAUAACUGGCGCACUCCAUUCCAUAAGACCAUAAGACAUAGGAGUGGAAGCAAGGCCAAUCGGCCCAUCGAGUCCACUCCGCCAUUCAAUCGUGGCUGAUGGGCAU